AUGAAGUCACCUCUCUCCUUCACUUGCCGGCCCUUGGGCCUGGUCCAGUCUGUGAGAUUUUCAUACAUUACUUCGCGUCUAUACUCAAAUCGCUCAGGAGGUCGUCCUCUUCCCCUUGCUGGCGUGACAGUAGUCAGUCUUGAACAAGCUAUCGCGGCACCUUUUUGCACACGACAACUUGCCGACCUCGGAGCCCGAGUCAUCAAAGUCGAACGACCUGGUGUCGGCGAUUUUGCCAGGCAGUAUGAUGCCCGAGUCUCGGGACUAGCAUCUCAUUUUGUGUGGACAAAUCGCAGUAAAGAGAGUCUAGCACUUGACCUUAAGGAUGAAAAAGACCAUGCUGUCCUCAUGAAAGUCCUCGGCAAGGCCGACGUGCUCGUCCAGAACCUGGCUCCAGGAGCCAGUGCCCGACUAGGCCUAUCUCAUGAGAGUUUGAAACACAAACACCCCGGUCUGAUCGUUUGUGAUAUCAGCGGAUACGGCCAAAAUGGUCCAUACAUGAAAAAAAAAGCAUACGACCUCAUGAUCCAAAGCGAGGCAGGCAUGCUAUCAGUGACUGGCACCGGGAAAGAGCCUGCUAAGGUUGGAAUCAGCAUUGCAGAUAUUUCAGCUGGAAUGUACGCAUAUAGCAAUAUUCUUUCAGCAUUGCUACAGCGUGGGAAAGAUGGCCUGGGGUGCCAGAUUGAUAUCUCUAUGCUCGAGAGCAUGGUAGAGUGGAUGGGUUUCCCAAUGUACUAUGCCUUUGACGGCGCCCCUGGUCCGGUACCAGCAGGAGCUUCACAUGCUGCAAUUUAUCCUUAUGGCCCAUUUGAUACUGGAGAUGGGUCGGUCAUGCUUGGCAUUCAGAAUGAACGCGAAUGGCAAAGUUUUUGCGCAGGAGUUCUCUCACAGCCUGAUCUGGCCACCGACUCGCGUUUCUCAAGCAACCCCCUGCGCGUCCAAAAUCGGGAUGCCCUCAAAAAUGCAAUUCAAGACGUAUUCUCGAAGUUAACUUCAGAAGAAACGAUUGCCCGGUUGGAGGAAGCCUCUAUCGCCAAUGCCAAUGUCAAUGAUAUGCAGAACGUCUGGGAGCAUGCCCAACUAAAAGCCCGCAACCGAUGGACCCAAGUGAAGACUUCCGCCGGUGUUGUCCCGGCUCUUUUACCUCCUGGGACGACCCAAUCAGCGAUGGGUCCGAUUCCAAAGGUUGGGGAACACAAUGAGGCCAUACUCGCGGAGCUGGGUUUGGCUUGA